ACGACCGGGGAGACCCCCCAAGCGCUCUCUGGGGGUUGCGAUACAAGAGAACACGCGCCUGCUUCCCCACGGAGUCCCGGGCCUCUUAUCACCAGGGCUUAUCUCCCCAACAGACAUAAGAACUUUGUUUUUCCAUGAUGAAACCCACAUAAAGUUUGCAGAGCUCAAGACUCUUCAAAUACAAGGACUCACAGCCAUGGCUGAAGCAAUGAAGUUGCAGAAGAUAAAGCUUAUGGCCAUGAAUAGCCUCCACGGAAGUGGGAGUCAGAAUGGGACAGAAUCGGAGAAUGAAGAGCUGAAUUCUAAUGCAGGUGGAAGUGAAUCCUCAUGGGAUAAAGAGAAGCUCCAGUCUCCAAUCCCGACAGGAUCUCAUCACGGAAUUAGCCACGCAGCACUGUCAGGACAGCCCAAUUUGGCAACCACUCAUCCACUUAGUCCUCUGCAACAAAACCAUCUGCUCACAAACAGGAUAGAUCUACCAUUUAUGAUGAUGCCCCAUCCUCUUCUUCCCGUUGGCCUACCUCCUGCUUCUGUAGCGAUGGCCAUGAAUCAAAUGAACCAUCUCAAUACUAUAGCAAACAUGGCUGCAGCUGCACAGAUGCAUAGCCCACUUUCCAGAGCUGGAGCAUCAGUAAUAAAGGAGAGGAUUCAAGACAGCCCUUCACCUGCUCCAUCUGUAGAAGAGGGCCAACGACCCGGGAGUCAUGCCUCUUCACAUCAAAGCAGCAGUGUUUCAAGUUCUCCAUCCCAAGUUGACAACACACCAGACAGAAUUGGUAUGUUGUCAAAUAUUAGGGAAGGAGAACUGGUAGAUCAAGAACCUGGACCCAACCCAAAAAAACUCUCAAAGGAGAAAG